UCACGGAAGAAGGGGCUCCCCGGCAGGUGGAGGCUUCUCUUAAGAGAGGGUCAUUUGGACAAAGAAGAGGAGGUCCAGACUGGGUGGCCAUUGAGCUGAAGCACUGGAAUCUGAACUUUAUUUCGGGGAGGUGGGAUGGAGUGAGGAGUAAUCGAGGCCAAGCCAGGGAUGGGCCGGCCAGGGGCUCCCCAUAGUCCCGGGGUAUCACAAACGCCCGAGGAGAAGGUAGAUGGCGUCAGGAGCUCCAGACAUUUAGUGUGUAGGGGUCGAAGAAACCUGGGAAAUGGACAGUCGGGGCUGGAGCGCAGGCCGGAAAGUGGACGGGUUGCUGGGCUGCCUGCUAUUAUGGCUGGCCUGAGGGGUUAGUUUUCUGCCAUGCUGAUCCAUGGGGCCCAGGAGCCCCAGGUGGAGGCUUCCUGAACUUGUUCCUCCGCGGACUGUGACCCGAGGGAGAAGAAAGGCUUACUGGGGCAGCUCAAAGACGUUUAAUUGAGCUAAAAGACGUUUGAGCAGUCCUCCCUUAAUUCCCUUCAGUUACUCAAACCCGGGCCUGAACUCGUAUGACCCCGGCGCCCGGGCCAGUUCACCUAGAGUGUCGCUACCACCGGCGGAGGUUGCGUACCUGGGGGGCGUGGCCGCUGCCGGAGGCCGGGCUCCAAGGAGUUAAACGCGGCCGGGCCCAGCCCCGCCCCUGGCAGGCCGCGGAGCCUGAUCCCCGGCGGCGAAGCGGAGCAGCCGCCGCCCGCCGCCUCCGCCUGCGGGGAGCCCGCCCGCCCGCAGGCUCCCGGGAGCACCGCUGCCACCACCGCCGGGCCCAGGCCCAGGCCCUGCGCAGAGCGGAGCGGCGUCCCCCCGGGCCCAGCUAGCCGGCGCGGCGGGGGCGGGCCCGGGAUCUUGGGCAGGUCUUCCAUUCUCAGGGCGGGAGCGGGAGUCCCGGCACCCCUGAUCUGGCAGGCCCGCGCCCAUGGCGAGCGCGGCCUGCCCGGGCCCCGGGGACCCUGCCAUGUGAGCCAGGCCUGGGCUGGGGGCCCGGCCAUGGCCGGGGAACGGCCCCCACUGCGGGGCCCUGGGCCCGGGCCCGGAGAGGCGCCGGGGGAGGGGCCGCCUGGGCCGGGGGCCGCAGGCGGAGGCCCGGGCCGGGGCCGCCCCUCCUCCUACCGGGCUCUCCGCAGCGCUGUGUCCAGCCUAGCGCGCGUGGACGAUUUCCACUGCGCCGAGAAGAUCGGGGCCGGCUUCUUUUCUGAGGUCUACAAGGUUCGGCACCGACAGUCAGGGCAAGUCAUGGUGCUGAAGAUGAACAAGCUCCCCAGUAACCGGGGCAAUACACUACGGGAGGUGCAGCUGAUGAACCGGCUCAGGCACCCUAACAUCCUAAGGUUCAUGGGGGUCUGUGUGCACCAGGGACAACUGCACGCUCUUACAGAGUAUAUGAAUGGAGGAACCCUAGAACAGCUGCUGAGCUCCCCAGAGCCCCUAUCCUGGUCAGUCAGGCUCCGUCUAGCUCUGGAUAUCGCACGAGGCCUGCGGUACCUGCAUGCUAAAGGUGUAUUCCACCGAGACCUCACAUCCAAGAACUGUCUGGUCCGACGGGAAGACCGAGGCUUCACAGCCGUGGUGGGUGAUUUCGGGCUGGCUGAAAAGAUUCCUGUGUAUAGGGAAGGGGCAAGGAAGGAGCCUUUGGCUGUGGUGGGUUCCCCAUACUGGAUGGCUCCAGAGGUGUUGCGGGGUGAGCUGUAUGAUGAGAAGGCUGAUGUCUUUGCCUUUGGGAUUGUCCUUUGUGAGCUCAUCGCCCGAGUACCUGCAGAUCCUGACUACCUACCCCGUACAGAGGACUUUGGCCUGGAUGUGCCUGCUUUCCGAACCCUGGUUGGGGAUGACUGCCCGCUGCCUUUCCUACUCCUGGCCAUCCACUGCUGCAGUAUGGAACCCAGCACCCGGGCCCCCUUCACUGAGAUCACCCAGCACCUAGAAUGGAUCCUUGAACAGCUGCCUGAGCCAGCCCCCCUUACCAGGACUCCCCUGACACAUAAUCAGGGAUCUAUUCCAAGAGGUGGUCCCGCUGCCACGCUUCCCAGGCCAGACCCCCGGCUUUCCCGAAGCCGGUCAGACCUCUUCCUGCCCCCAUCACCAGAAUCACCCCCCCACUGGGGGGACAAUCUGACACGAGUCAACCCUUUCUCACUACGGGAAGACCUCAGGGGUGGCAAGAUCAAGCUCCUGGACACACCCAACAAGCCGGUCACUCCCCUGCACCUUGUUCCACCAUCACCACUGCCCUCUACCCAGCUGCCCUUGGUGACUACUCCAGAGACCCUGCUCCAGCCUGGGACACCUGCCCGCCGCUGCCGCUCACUACCCUCAUCCCCUGAACUCCCUCGACGUAUGGAGACUGCACUGCCAGGUCCUGGCCCUCCUGCUGUGGGUCCCUCGACUGAAGAAAAGAUGGAAUGUGAGGGCAGCAGCCCAGAGCCAGAACCCCCAGGACCAGCUCCCCAGCUGCCCCUGGCGGUGGCCACAGACAACUUCAUUAGCACUUGUUCCUCAGCCUCCCAGCCCUGGUCCCCUAGAUCAGGACCUCCCCUCAACAACAACCCUCCAGCUGUGGUGGUGAACUCCCCACAAGGCUGGGCUGGGGAGCCCUGGAACCGGGCCCAGCAUAGCUUGCCCCGGGCGACAGCCCUGGAAAGGACAGAACCCUCGCCACCCCCUUCAGCUCCCCGGGAGCCCGAGGAGGGGCUGCCCUGUCCUGGCUGCUGCCUCGGCCCCUUUAGCUUUGGCUUCCUGUCCAUGUGCCCCCGCCCUACCCCAGCUGUCGCCCGCUACCGCAACCUGAACUGUGAGGCGGGCAGUCUCCUCUGCCACCGAGGGCACCACGCCAAGCCACCCACGCCCAGCCUGCAGCUGCCUGGGGCACGUUCUUAGCAGAGGGGCCUGUGAUCUCAGGCCUCCAACUUUGGCCUUCAGGACACCCUGUAAGGACAGAGCGCAUUUGCUGGACAGUGGCAGCCCCAGAUGGGCUGACUGGCUCUUCUCCCCGUAGGGGAGCCUCAGCAUGGACUCAAGGGACAGAGCACUUCCUAUCCAACCCCUGGGCUCACUCUCCCACGGGGAUCACUGAACCAGACACAGCAUUGCUGACACACGAGACUAACACGUGCAAAUUAUUUAAAAAUAUUUCAAUAAAAACUGCCUGGCUGGC